AUGCGUGAGGCUCCCACCUCCCCGCAGCCUCACCAGCACAAGGGAACGGCUGACAGCACCGUGGAUGCCUUCCUGGGCUCCAUGUCCAUCUGCUGGCCGGGCUGCCACCUGGGAAGCCAUGCUUGGAUAUUAAUAGCCAUGUUUCAGCUUGCCGUGGAUUUCCCCGCCUGCGAGUCCCUGGGCCCAGGCCCUGAGUUCCGGCUCCUGCCGCGGCCACCGCACCGGCCGCCCCGGUUGUGGAGUUUGAAAAGUGGACAGCAGGCGCGGGUCCCUGUGCCCGUGUGGAGCCCUCGGCCACCCCGCGCAGAGCGGCUGCACGGCCAAAUGCAGGCCCUCCGGGCCAGGCGAGCCCACAGACCCCGGGACCAGGUGGCCGCCCUUGGGCCCAAAGCAGGGCUGGCCAGGCCUCCAGCUGCUGCCAAAUCCAACCCCUCCCUGGCUGCCGCCUCCUCGCUCUCAUCCCCCCUGUCCGGUGGGGCCACGGAACAGACCCUCUUGCGCAGGGGGAGGCGGCACCUGCAGGGGGCUGGUUUCAGCAGUUUUGACUUCAGAGGCGGCAGGCCCACUACAGAGACGGAGUUCAUCGCCUGGGGUCCCACGGGGGAUGAGGAGAUCCUGGAGACUAACACGUUUCCGGGCGCUUAUGGCCCCACCACGGUCUCCAUCUUACAAACACGCAAGACCACUGUGGCUGCCACCACCACCACCAUGGCUACCACGGCCACCUCCAUGACGCUGCAGACUAAGGGGUUCACCGAGUCCCUGGGUCCCCGGACAAGGAUCCCUGUUGGGGUUAGCACAACGGAGCCUUCUGCCAGUCCCAGCAACAAUGGGAAAGACAACAAGCCCCCAAGGAUUCUAGGGGAGACCUCAGGUUUGGCUGUGCAUCAGAUCAUCACCAUCACCGUCUCCCUCAUCAUGGUCAUAGCUGCUCUGAUCACAACUCUUGUCUUAAAAAAUUGCUGUGCCCAAAGCAGGAACACUCGUCGGAACAGCCACCAGAGGAAAACCAACCAGCAGGAAGAGAGCUGCCAGAACCUGACCGACUUCACCCCGGCCCGGGUGCCCAGCAGCCUGGACAUAUUCACGGCCUACAAUGAGACCCUCCAGUGUUCACACGAGUGUGUCAGGGCAUCGGCGCCUGUGUACACGGAUGAGACACUGCACCCGACGGGGGAGUACAAGUCCACAUUUAAUGGAAACCGACCUUCCUCUUCUGAUCGGCAUCUGAUUCCUGUGGCCUUCGUGUCUGAAAAAUGGUUUGAAAUCUCCUGCUGA